AUGGCCACUGUUAUCGCAUGGGGUGCCGGUGCCGCCGUCGCCGCCUUUCUGGGUCGCGCCGGUCUGGUAGCCUGGCGACGUUCGCGCGGCGGCGUCGGAGCCAUGGGCAAGGCCUUCUACAAGGGCGGAUUCGAGCCCAAGAUGACCAAGAAGGAGGCAACUCUCAUCCUCGCCCUCAACGAACGCUCCAUGACAAAGGAAAAGGUCCGCAAGGCUCACCGGACCGCUAUGCUGCUCAACCACCCUGACCGCGGUGGUAGCCCGUAUCUCGCCACAAAGGUCAACGAGGCCAAGGAGUUGCUCGACAAGCAGGUUCACUCAUGA